AUGAGAUAUUCAGCAGUUUCCUUGACUUUAUUGGCUACUUUGGCCUCUUUUGCUGUAGCUAAAGAUAAAGAUACUACUGAAGAAAACAAAGAGGUCACUACCUUGACUUCUCGUUUACCAUUCACUGAUACCACUCACAACACCAAGAAGUACGGUAAAUUCAACAAGACUAAGAAAUCUCACAAGCCAACUAUCUCUGGUACUAAGAAAUACGGUAAAUUCAAUAAAACCAAGAAAUCUCAUAAGCCAACUAUAUCAGGUACUAAGAAAUACGGUAAAUUCAACAAGACUAAGAAAUCUCACAAACCAACUAUUUCUGGUACUCACAAAUAUGGUAAAUUCAACAAAACCAAGAAAUCUCACAAACCAACUAUUUCUGGUACUCAUAAAUAUGGUAAAUUCAACAAAACCAAGAAAUCUCACAAACCAACUAUUUCUGGUACUCACAAAUAUGGUAAAUUCAACAAAACCAAGAAAUCUCACAAAACCCAUUUCAAGAGAGAUAUCAUCACCGAAGCCCCAGAAAGACCACAAGAAACAGAACCAGUUGAAGUUGAAUUUGAAACUGAAGAUAUUGAAACCCGUGCCAGAAUUGUUGAAAGAGAUAUCGAAAAUGUGGCUGGUAUGAACUCUAUGAAUAUAUUUGGUAUGGCUGCUGGUCCUGCUCUUGUUGCCGGUGCUUUAUUAUUAUUAUAG